CUUAAUUAUUUGGCAAAAAGUUCCUAGAGCCUGCAAUAUUAGACAUUGUAGGAAAUUAAAGCUCAAAAAUGGCUAUUGGGUUAAUCAGUAAUACCAUCUUGAAGGCUUCUUCUUCCCCAGAUUUUCCCACCUCCAAUGAUCUAAUACCUCUCAACCUCUUUGACAAAGCAGCCUUUGAUAUCCAUGUCCCCGUCCUGUAUGCCUUCAGGGCACCAACGCCAUCUAAUGAAGCCAUGAAGGAGGGACUCUCCAAAGCUCUUGUUCACUAUCCCCAGCUCGCAGGUCGGUUCAUAACCGACGAUCAUGGCCGCACUUGUAUCAUUCUAAACAACGCCGGUGUCCGAGUAAUUGAGACCUAUGUACCAACAUCCCUGGCCAAGCAGUUGCCCUUCAGUCCAGCCUCGGAGGUGGGCAACCUCCUCCCACCUUUAGAGGGUGUCCAAGAAUUACUCCAAAUUCAGCUCAAUCGUUAUGCCUGUGGUGGUGUCGUGAUAGGCGUAACAGCACACCAUCGUGUUGCAGAUGGCCAGUCCAUGAGCUACUUCACCAUCUCCUGGGCAAGCCUAAUGCGUGGGCUCGACAUUGAAACGCUUCCCUAUCACGAUCGAGCUGCUGUUUCUGUCCCAAGAAACCCACCCAAAGUGGAGUUCGAUCAUUCUUCCAUUGAGUUCCGAAAGAGCACUGCAUCGAACACUAAUAAUUUUUCAUCUUCCAUUGCCAAUUUGGUAGUCCACCUCUCAGCUGACUUCAUAACCAAGCUCAAAACCAAAGUAUGCCAAGGGCACCAACGCUUCAGCACUUUCGAAUGCCUUCUUUCACAUAUGUGGAAGAAGAUCACACAAGCACGGGGCCUUGCACAGGACGAGUUCACCCAAGUGAGGGUGGCCGUGAACGGCCGCGCCCGAAUGAAGCCACCUGUGCCGAUGGAGUUCUUUGGCAAUUUGGUGCUCUGGGCGUAUCCAAGGUUGAUGGUGGAAGAGUUGUUAAAUGAGAGUCAUGCGCACGUCGCCAAGGCAAUCCAUGAGGCUGUGGCUAAAGUUGACAAUGAGUAUUUCCAUUCAUUCAUUGACUUCGGAGAGUUAUCUACAGGAAAAGAGGGAGAAAUGGUUGCGACAGCACCAGAGAUUGGAGAUUCGUUGUGUCCUAACUUGGAGGUGGAUAGUUGGUUGAGGUUCCAUUUCCAUGAUCUUGACUUUGGUGGUGGAGGGCCUUGUGUUUUUCUUCCUCCAGAUUUGCCUGUUGAAGGGUUACUAAUUUUUGUGCCCUCCUGCAAAGAUGAAGGUGCUGUAGAUGUGUUCCUUGCUCUCUUGCAUGAACACGUCGAGCUCUUCAAACAAAUUUGCUACUCUCUGGACUAGAACUGCAUAGGGAAGCUAGCUUAAGGCGCCUUUGAUAUCAGAAACUUUUCCUUCUUUCUUUAUGUGGUCAUAAGGUGUUCUCUUUGACGCAAGUCAUAACUAAUUUGUUUGGUUUCUCUUUAAAAGGAGUAUUCAUUAUAUAUUUGUAUAUGUAUAAUAAUAUAAAAGAUGGGAACUGUAUUGGGUUGUUUCAUUA